UCACUCCCCAACGGCGUCUACCACCCCCCCCCCCCCCCCAGGCUGAAAACCCUGUGGCCUCAGAUCUCCAUGCCUGCGUUGACUCACUACUACAGCGAUGAUAUGGCACAGCGCUUCUGAUACCGUCUGAUUCAUUCUGUGGUGGUACAGGCAGCCAGCAGACCAUUCUCCAUGAGGAGCAGUAGAAGAUGCCGGCUCUGCCAGCACUGCUGCUGUCAAUACACGUCCUCUCCUUCCUGCUAGUCACCAUGGCGCCACGCUCCCUCAGUCAGGCCCCUUUGCUCUCCUCCGUCCGCAUGGCGGCAAUCCUGGACGACCAGUCUGUGUGUGGGCGCGGGGAGCGGCUGGCGCUGGCCCUGGCCAGGGAGAACAUCAACAGCGUGAUGGAGGGUCCGUCCCGAGCCCGAGUGGAGGUGGACAUAUACGAGCUGCAAAAAGACUCCCAGUACGACACUACUGACACCAUGUGUCAGAUUCUACCCAAAGGCGUUGUCUCUGUGAUAGGUCCCGCCUCCAGCCCCGCCUCCGGCUCUACUGUCAGUCAUAUAUGUGGAGAGAAGGAGAUCCCUCACGUAAAGAUCGGUCCAGAGGAAACUCCCCGCUUGCCGUACCUGCGCUUCGCCUCUGUCACUCUGUACCCUAGCAACGAGGACCUGAGCCUGGCCAUCGAAGCCAUCUUGCGCUCGUUCAGUUACCCAUCAGCCAGCCUGGUCUGUGCCAAGGCUGAGUGCCUGCUGAGAUUGGAGGAACUGGUGCGCCGCUUUCUCAUCUCCCGGGAGACGCUGUCAAUCAGGAUGCUGGAUGACAACCUGGACCCUACGCCACUGCUGAAGGAGAUCCGUGACGACAAAGUGGCCACCAUCAUCAUUGACGCCAACGCUUCUGUCUCCUAUCUCAUCCUCAAGAAGGCGUCAGAGCUGGGGAUGACAUCAGCGUUUUACAAGUACAUACUCACCACGAUGGAUUUCCCACUACUGAGACUGGAUGACAUAGUGGAUGAGCAGUCCAACAUCGUGGGUUUCUCCAUGUUUAACACCACCCAUCCCUUCUACUUGGAGUUCAUCAGGAGCCUCAACCUCUCUUGGAGGGAGGGAUGUGACCUGACGUACCCCGGCCCUGCGCUCUCGUCAGCGCUGAUGUUUGAUGCGGUGCAUGUGGUGGUGGGGGCGGUGAGGGAAUUGAACCGCAGUCAGGAAAUCGGAGUGAAGCCGCUCAGCUGCACCUCACCUCAGAUCUGGCAACACGGGACCAGUCUCAUGAACUACCUGCGCAUGGUGGAGUACGAUGGUCUGACAGGGCGUGUGGAGUUCAACAGCAAAGGUCAGAGGACCAACUAUACCCUGCGGAUUCUGGAGAAACACCGAGGAGGCCACAAAGAGAUCGGUGUCUGGUACUCCAACAACACCCUGGCAAUGAACUCCACCAGUCUGGAUAUCAAUGUCUCAGAGACGCUGGCAAACAAGACACUCAUUGUCACCACCAUACUGGAGAACCCAUAUGUGAUGCGCAGAGACAACUACCAGGACUUCCAGGGCAACGACCAGUACGAGGGCUUCUGCGUCGACAUGCUGAAGGAGCUGGCAGACAUCUUGAAAUUCUCCUUCAAGAUCAAGCUGGUGGAUGACGGUCUGUAUGGGGCUCCAGAGCCCAACGGCUCUUGGACUGGCAUGGUUGGAGAGCUAAUCAACAGGAAAGCCGACCUGGCCGUAGCAGGCUUCACCAUCACGUCAGAGAGAGAGAAAGUUAUCGACUUCUCUAAGCCGUUCAUGACCCUGGGGAUCAGCAUCUUGUACCGAGUUCAACUGGGUCGGAAGCCGGGUUACUUCUCCUUCCUCGAUCCCUUCUCUCCAGCUGUCUGGCUCUUCAUGCUGCUCGCCUAUCUGGCUGUCAGCUGUGUGCUCUUCCUGGCUGCAAGGCUGAGCCCCUAUGAGUGGUACAACCCUCACCCGUGUCUGCGAGAGCGCAAGGACAUGCUGGAGAACCAGUACACGCUAGGAAACAGCCUGUGGUUCCCUGUUGGAGGCUUCAUGCAGCAGGGAUCAGAGAUAAUGCCCAGAGCCCUGUCCACCAGAUGUGUCAGUGGGGUGUGGUGGGCGUUCACCCUGAUCAUCAUCUCCUCCUACACGGCCAACCUGGCAGCCUUCCUGACCGUCCAGAGGAUGGAGGUUCCCAUCGAGUCUCCGGACGACUUGGCCGACCAGACCAACAUCGAGUACGGCACCAUCCACGGAGGAAGCACCAUGACAUUCUUCAUGAACUCGCGUUACCAGACCUACCAGCGGAUGUGGAACUACAUGAACUCUAAGCAGCCCAGUGUGUUUGUGAAAAGCACAGAGGAAGGCAUCGCCCGCGUGGUCAACUCCAAGUACGCCUUCCUGAUGGAGAGCACCAUGAACGAGUACUACCGCGGCCUCAACUGUAAUCUCACAAAGAUAGGAGGCCUGCUGGACACCAAGGGCUACGGCAUUGGCAUGCCCCUGGGGUCUCCGUUCAGAGAUGAGCUCACGCUGGCCAUCCUCCAGCUGCAGGAGAAUAACCGGCUGGAGAUACUGAAGAGGAGGUGGUGGGAGGGAGGCCAAUGCCCCAAAGAGGAGGACCACCGUGCCAAGGGUCUGGGCAUGGAGAACAUUGGGGGCAUCUUUGUGGUGCUGAUCUGUGGCCUCAUCAUUGCCGUGUUUGUGGCCAUUAUGGAGUUUGUGUGGUCGACACGCCGCUCUGCAGAGACCGAUGAGGUAUGCCCCCAUACCUGCCCUCGCCGACCCCACAGACACACCCCAGUGUCUGUCUGUCAGGAGAUGAUCACAGAGUUCAGAAACGCCAUCUCCUGUAAGAAGAGCUCCCGUAUGCGCCGCCGUCGGCCCCUCAGCAGCUCGGCGGCCCUGCGCCAUCCCACGCGCAUCGCUCUGGGUGCCCCUCGGCCCCUGCGCCUGGUGCGGGAGAUGCGCCUCAGCAACGGCAAGCUCUACAGUGGAGCUGGCCCGCUGACAGGUGGAGCUGGAGGUGGAGGAGGAGGGACGGGGCCUCCCGAUCUAGGCCCUGGGCCUCAGCGGCUCCUGGAUGACCCGCUCGGGGCCAACACCACCCCUCCUCCACCAAUGCCUACUCCUGUGAUGCUGCCCGCCCGCAGCUGCACCCACGUGCGGAUCUGCCAGGAGUGCCGGAGGAUCCAGAGCCUGAGAUCAGGCAGCAGUAUAGGAUCAACCACAACAAGAAUACCACCUUCAACAGCACCCCUGCCCAGGCUACCCCCACCCCCACCCCCAUCCUCAUCCAACACAGACAGUGAGGGCGGAGGGGGGCCCAGCCCGAGGCGGCUACACCACAGCCCCCCACCUCACACAUCUCGACCCAUUCCACCUCCACAGAACAGCAACACGACAGACUUACUGGGUGACCAGGACUGAGACCCGAAGCAGUGGGCGGGGUGGGAGGGCUGCAGGGAGCCGGUGAUGUGUCUGAGGAACAUUUGUCCUGCUGAGAGAAACACUGCUUGUCUCCACAGGGGAAAUUCAUCGGAGAACAAAAGAGGGAGAGAUGGAGGGGAAGAGUUGAACUCUGCGAGGUCAGCCAAUAGAAAAUGAGACGACCUUUAAAAGGAGAAUAAAGAGGGAAAACCUUUCUCCAGUCGAGCUCGAGGCUUACAGAUACAGAACUGGCUGAUGGCACGCUGUGAGAUGGUCGUCAGUUAAGCUCCUGUACUCAACUCCGAAGGUCAGUUAGGACAAAUCUGAGCGGAAAUGCACACGACCGGAUGAUGGUUUUCCAUUGGCCUCCUUUUUUUCUCCUCACUCCCCCUCUCACUUUAGAUUUGAGGGCGCUGGUUUUCCUCCGCAGACACUUCGCUGGAUGCUGAUUAGCCCUCUAGUAAAAUGAAGCUUUGUUGGAGGACAUACUGUAUCCGUAUGUGAUUUAAAACAGCAACUAAAAAGACUUCCAGAGAAUUAUUUCCUGUUGUUUUUUUUUUCUUUUGUUGUCUUUCUUGUUUUAUUGCCAUUGUUCUAAGUGGGAAUUACAGAGUUAAAUACAGACUACGUGUGACAAUAUGGUGGAUUAUAACAUAAACUUGACUGUGUUUCAAGAGUUUUGUGCCCCUCCCUGUGACCCGUAGCUGCUUUUUGGAUGGUAUCAGGGAAGGUGGAUGAAACAGCUUCAAGACAACAUAAUGCAAACGGUAGCAGAGGAAACUGUCGGCCUUUCUUUACACUGUGCGUGUGUGUGUAAAAAUUUGUGCUUCCUGUUGAGUCUGUCUGUAACUACUCAAAGUGAGGAGAACCAUGUACCCAGCAACAGCACCCUUCUACAAAUGAUAGAUAAUCAGACAGCCACAAAAAAAAGAAGAGGAGAAGAAGCUUUGAAAUGUGAAAUUAAUGUCCCUCGUUAUCCUGGGUAACACUUGCCAAGCCUUUACUUCUUUUUCACCUCUGUUCACACAGCGUAGAAGAGAUAGAGAGAACGGGCGAGGCAGAGCCAGUGAGGCAAGAUAGAGGAGAACAGAAAGAGAGGAGAUAGAAAGAGGCAGAGAGUGAAAAGGACACUACUGAAUUUGAAUGAGAAAUCCCUAACUGAACUACUUCCAUUAUUAGAUCUGUCCUGAUCUGUUAAUUCUGGGCAUCUUUUAAGGGGCUUGUUAAUGCGCCAGCAGGCUGUAGCUACAGCUUCUUCCCUUCUCUCUGUUUAACAGACAGACUUGGCCGUCCACAGUGGAGGCUCCUGCCAGAGUGAUAGACUCAACACAGCCUCGUCAAUACUGUCUCAAGCUUUUGAUCGCCUAAUUACUCCCCUCGGUGGCUGGGGACUCAUUCAGGAGGGGGUUGAACACAGGGAAACACGCUGAUAAAUAGAUUUAGAAGAAAUGUUUUUCACUCCGGCUGGGAAGGGAACCUGGUCUCUUUUAAUUAUGUUGUUAAUGUUACAGCCCUAGUGUUGUGUGAAACUCCAGCUAAAUCUAAACACUACAGUUUAUUAGCCACGGUGCUUAAAGGGAAUGCUCUAGUGGAUUUGCUUAUUUUAGGCCUUUAACUUUAAAUGGUGGACACGUUAUAUUAUUGCUGAUGAUUAUUCAAAGCAUUCCAAAUGUUUUUAAACAGAUUUCCGAGUAUCCACUGCUUUCACAGCAAGUAAUUGUGGUAUAAUUACAAUUUAUUAUUAUUUAUUAAAGAAUAAGGCUGGUUUCGUUGUUUAUUUUUCUUAUUGUCAACAAAUCCAAUGAAAAGACCAAAACCAACAAUGAACUGAUGAAUUGUCUGACUAAUAAGUAGCUAAAGCUAGGGAUGCACUGAUCAGACUUUUUCAGUCCCGAUACCGAUACCUGGGCUUUCGGUAUCGGCAGAUACCGAGAAGCGAUCUGAUACCAGUGUGGAAGUGACAGGGAUCAUUAUUUUAUGUGCAAGGCAACAUCAGGCUGGACUUAAACAUUACUUUCCUAACUUUGUAAAACAAAAUGU